AUGGCUGAGAACAACACAAAUGUCUUUCUGGACAUUCUGCAGUCCUUCGAUGCUGUUCCUUUAAUUAUAGCUUUCUGUGUCUCCAUUGCUGUGGGUCUGCUCCUGGGGGCCAUGGUUUACGUGAUCCUGACAUGGAUGUCUCGACACAGAGCAGGCUCUGCCAGCAUCACCCGGCGCCCGCCCCGCACCUCGCACACUUCCUCCCGCAAUCGUCCUGGGUUCAAUCACAGCAGCAGCUACGAUCGCAGGAGCAACAACAGUUUGUUGAGCGCAGCUUUCAGCUUCCACCGCCAGAACUCGUCCCCGGAUCACCUUGAUGCUGUGGGGCAUAAAUCCAGCUUCAGGGCCUCCACCUUCCACCCCCUCAUCCAGUGCAGCCAGAUCGCAAGGGAGGCAGAGCAGGGGAGCCAGACCACGCUGCCUCGUACACCAACUCUGACCAUGUCAGCUGGAUCAGCUCAAAGUGCUGCCCAGUCACCUGCCACCUCACCAAGACCUGAGUCGUUUUGGGGGAACAACAACCUGAGGGGGUUCAGUGUGACGCAGACCCCACCUCCGGCCUACGAAAGCAUCAUUAGGGCUUAUCAGGAAACGACCACCUGA